AGGUGAGCAAACGCCAGCACGAAGCGCUCAACGAGUAGCGCAAAACUGCAAAUGACACAGGGUUGUGAGCGGUGUACAGUGGAAAAUACUGUAGUACAAUUACAAAAGCAACAACAACAAAACAAUAAAAAUAACGAAUCAAAAAGCUACGGAAACAGAAAAUAGCAGUGGCUGUUGUAGCAGCGCAGGCACCAAACAGUCAGUGAGCCAGUGAACCAGUGAAGGCAGCAGUGAGCAGCAAUUUAGUCUACAUUUGUUUUCUUUGUUCACAACUUUACAAAAUUAAAUUAGUGCGCAAUAGAAAUUAAAAAUUUUUUGUUUAAUUUUUCUAUUGUUGAUGAAAAUUACAUCACAUAAAACUUGAACACUUUAUUGGAGAAAUGAAAAAGUCAUAAAAUCGAAAUUCGUUACUAAACAAAACGCUGCUAAAGUCGAAAACAAAUUCAAAGCAGAGGAUAUUAAAGAAAAGCAACAACAACCGCAUACAUACACAAAACGUGAAAAAGGGAUUUGACUGCACAUUUUCAAGUGAGACAACAAAAGCCAUAACGAAAAAUAAUAAAACAAAAAACUUGCAUAUUAAACACCAACAAAGCGAUUGCAUUCGCCGUGCAGCGAGUGCCCCGAAUGCAAUUUGCUCAUAUGUACCAAAACUCAAGUGGCCACGAUUCAAGCGUCGUCGUCGUCGUCGCCGCCAUUGCCUUUGCUGGAGCGAGUGCAUGCAGACGAGGAAUAUUUGGGAGGUAUAGCCAGAGCAUCAGCAGCAGCCAAAGUUGCAGCCGCUGGAACAGGAAGAGCGCUUGUAGUGUUAGUCAUAGAGGUAGCUGUAGAACCUUAGAUAUCCGUUGUAGUAGCCUUUGUUGCACACCAAGCACAAGCACAAAUACGGGUGAACGCCAUCAGCCAUCAGCAUGCCAUCACUACUGGAAGCAUUGGAAAGAAAAUAUUUCACCGAUUGUCAAUUAGAGAAUCUGAACGGCGACGACACAGCUGCUGAGGCAGAAAAGGGCCUUAUAUCCAUCUACAUACCGCGCUUGCCACCGCUACUCUGCGUGCCAGAGUUGUUGGUAUUGAACGACUGUGACAUUGACUGUGCGGGUGAUUUCGAAGCCAUAAAAGAGAAAUGUCGCCGCGUACGUGAACUAGAUUUGGCACAGAAUAAGCUAAAUGACUGGCAAGAGGUCUUCCAUAUACUCGAACACAUGCCGCGAGUGGAGUUCCUCAAUUUGAGCAAAAAUCAUUUGGUCGGUCCAAUAUGCAAUCCCUCCACGUUGCCGACGAAUAGUCUUAAAAGUAUGGUGCUAAAUGGUACUUACCUGGACUGGCCAAGCGUUGAAGUGUUGUUGGAUAAUUUGCCAUUGUUAGAGGAAUUACAUUUGAGUUUGAAUGACUACAAAGAAGUGCUCAUUGAUUCGAUUGAGUUUGCCGAGCGUGAGGAAGAUGUGGCUGGGGGAGAGGUGGUAAGCGUUGAGCAUGCAGAUGGCGAGGUUACCGAGCGCAACGAGCGUAACGACAACAAACAAAGUGAUUCACACAAUUUAACCGCCACAACAGCGGCAGCGGCAGCGUCAGCAGCCGGGACGACAGCAGCUGAGGCACCAGAAACAGAGAGAGAGAUAGAAACAGAAACGCCAGCAACACCACCGCCAACACCAACUUCACCCACAGGCAGCUAUACAGAAUCGAAACGCAAGCGUAUACGACCACAUAGAAAGUUGAAAACGUUACACUUCACCGGCAAUCCUGUGGAAAGUUGGCUCGAGAUUUGCCGCUUGGGACGCGUUUUUCCCAGCCUCGAGAAUUUGGUGCUCGCCGACUGUCCCAUCAAAGCCAUACAGGCCAAUGUAGGCAAUAGCGGGAAUGGCAGCAGCACAACCGCCGCCGCCAACAACAACACCGACGAAGACUGCACAACCGCCUGCGAAGAUGACGUCGAAAUGUCCAACAAAGCUGAAUGUCCGCACAAGCAUUUUCACAAUUUGCUCUUUCUCAAUCUCAGCUACUCGAACAUUAGCGCCUGGGACGAUAUCGAUCAGAUUGCGAAAUUCCCGAAAUUACGUAAUUUACGCGUAAAGAAUUGGCCGCUCUGGGAGCGACUCGAGUGUACCGAACACGAACGUCGCCAGCUGCUAAUCGCACGUUUGCCGAAUGUGUGCCUACUCAACGGUGGCGGCGUGAUCAGCGCGGACGAACGCGAGGAUGCAGAGCGCGCUUUUAUACGCCACUACAUGGACAAACCGGAUUGGGAGCGACCCAAGCGCUAUGAUGAACUGGUAGCUAAACAUGGCAAGCUGGAUCCGUUAGUUAAUAUAAAUCUUAAGCCUGAUAAACGCCUAAAAGUAUUCAUUACAUAUAAGGAUAAAACGGAAACACGUUUGCUCGAUGUCUAUUGCACGGUGGCCGAUCUGAAGACGCGGUUAGAGAAGUUAAUCGAUUUGCCGGCGAACAAAAUGCGUUUGUACUAUGUAGAUCAAGACUUUAAAGAAUUCGGACCAGAACUAAUGAAGUAUCCAAAUAAGCGUUUAUAUAGCUAUAACAUACAAGCGGGUGAUGAAAUCAUAAUCGAUGAGAAAAAAUAGGUAUUUAAGUUUAAUGAAAAGAAAAAUUAAAAAUUUUAAUUAAAAUAAUUACAAAACGCGUUACGACUAAAUGCAUCAAAGAUGCGAUGCUUUUAAUUAUACUACAUACAUAUGUACAUAUAUGUAUGUAGGUAGGACAAUGUAAAUAUUUUAUAAAGUUAGUAAACAAGAACUAUAUAGUUUAUAAUGUAUCUAUCUACCUUGUAAAAGAAAACAGCGCUAUUUACGAAACAAACUACUGUGGUACACGAGCGUGCUAUAUGAUUAUGUGCAUAUGUAUGAAUUGUACGAGUAUGUACGUAAUAAAUAAAUAAUAACAAUAAAAUA